AUGAAUGCUCAGAUUAAUCAUUACCGAAAAAGUUCUCGUCUUCAAAUUGAUCACUUCUCACUCAUCUUCGUUUCGUCAAUGGCAUCGCAACUCCUCCGUUCGACAAACUCGCGGUACGUCGCUGGAGUGCUCGCUGCUCUUGGAGCCGGAUGUGCCGUCUACACUCACUACACAGCAACUUCAAGCCAAAUCCGAAGUCGACGCCGCCACAAUCAAAAAGAUCGAGGAGGCCUACGUCAAGCUUAAUGGUCCAGAAGGAGCCAAGUGCAAGUCGCUGCUCAGGAAGUAUUUGACCAAGGACAUUGUCGAGAAGCUCAAGACAAAGUGCACAAAGCUCGGAGCAUCAGUGUACGACUGCAUUUUGACAGGUGUCUACAAUUUGGACGCCGGAGUCGGAGUCUAUGCUCCAGACGCUGAGGCCUACGCUUUGUUCGACAAGGCCUACGCUUUGUCGCAUUGUUCAACAAGAACAUUGAGGAUUUUUAUGGAUUCAGUCCAAAGGAGAAGCAACCACCAGUUGAUCUUGGCGAGGGAAAGACUAAGGAAUUCCCGCCAUUGGAUCCGAAUGGAAAGUACAUCAAGUUAAGGGUUCCACGCGGGUAAUUAUUUACCAUGCCCUACCCUACCCUCUACCAUACCCUACCCUACCCUUUACCCUAAUUUACCCUGUAUUUAUUGAUUUUUAAAAAGAAGACAAAUACUUGUUUCAUUUCUCAAUUUUUUUCGAAAUUUCAUUUCUAAAAACGAGAAUUUUACAAAUAAAGUAAAUUAAACGUAAUAUUCUUAUAAUUACGUGAAGACAUAGGGUAGUUUACCCUGUCAGGGUAAAGGGUAGAAUAGGGUAAAUACGUGCCCUAAUGAAUUUUUUACCCGCGUGUAAGGCUUACAUCAAGUAGAUGAGAAUCCGAUGUGGACGUUCUUAGACGGGACAACCACUCAAUUCAUGUCUCAGUCAGGAGAACUAUCUUGAGAUGGAAGGAAAGGUGAAGAGGGAUUUCUCUGAAUAUUCUCACAAGGAGCUCAAGCGCAAAUACUAUCCCUUGUAUGGUAUGAAAAAGGAUACUCUAAAGCAGAUGUUGCUGAUCAUUUCCUGAUGUCGUGGCUAUGCUCGAUAGAAUUAUCAAGGGGUUCGCGGAAUUGAGAAGCAGGUUCCAUUCUCCCGUGAUGACCAUCUCGGAUGACUAGCAUUCUGCCCAACAAACCUCGGAUCAACAAUUCGUACAUGUCUAUUGCUCUUCCAAAGCUCGUCGCCUGCGAGGACUUCACCGAGAUUUGCGAGAAGCUCAAUCUCGAAGUGCGCGGAAUCUACGGAGAACACUCGAAGUGUACGACGGAGUAAAA